AGAGCAACAGGGUGUGUGGCCGACCCUGACGUUGUCCUGUGUUCCGUGUUUCUCCUGUGUUGUGCAGACGGUGAGAGAGAGGAGGAAGGCCCCAGAGCACACGGCCCAGGAGGAAGAGCCGUCCCCUCUCAGCAAAUGCAGCCAAGUGGACCUGGACACGGACCUGGUGGACUGGCGCAAGCCCCUGGCCUGGCAGGUGGGCUACCUGGGGGAAAAAUAUGACACCUGGGUCCACCAGCCUGUGGACCGGCCAAUCAGACUCUUUGGGAACGAGUUCCUAGAGGCCAGCACCAAGACCUCAUGGUAUAUGGUACCAAUAGUGUGGGUGCCAGUCAUUCUGUAUCUCAGCUGGUAUUGCUAUACCACCCUGGCUCAAGGAGCAACACGACUGUUUAUGGACACAGACUAUUCCAUCCUGGUCCAUAAGUACAGCUUUCCCUUCAUCUUUGUGCUGGGAAUGUUCAUGUGGUCGUUUGUUGAGUACUGCAUCCAUCGCUUCGUGUUCCAUAUGCGUCCUCCUGCGCACAACUAUUACCUCAUCACCAUCCACUUCCUGCUGCACGGCCAGCACCAUAAGUCUCCCUUUGAUGGCUCUCGGCUGGUUUUCCCUCCGGGCCUGGCGUCGGUGGUUGUCGGCAGCUUCUACCUGCUGCUGCGUCAUGCUCUGCCGGAGGGCCUGGGCGUGUCGCUGUUUGUGGGGGGUCUGUGUGGCUACGUGGUGUACGAUAUGAUCCACUACUACCUGCACUACGGCUCGCCCAACAGGGGCUCCUACAUGUACGGCCUCAAGGCCUACCACGUCAAACACCACUUUGAGCACCAACAAGCAGGUUUUGGGAUCACCACCACAUUCUGGGACCAUCCCUUCAACACAGUCAUCCCUGAACAGACUUUCUAGAACCCACAUUCUUUCUAGCACUCCCCACCCAGGGUCGGACUGGCCGUCGGGAGAGUCGGGAGAUUUCCAGAACGGCCGUUCAAAUGGUCGCGGCAUAAUGAAAAAAUAAAGAAUAUAUAAUAAUAAAAAUACACGAUCGUGGGCCGGUCUGCGUUUCAAAAUCCCGGGCCGUUUUUCAGUCCCAGUCCAGACCUGCCCACACCACAACACAGUCAUCCAGGAACAAACCGUCUUGAACCCAAAUUCUUUCCAGAACCCCUCAAUUCAUCAUCAUCCCCAGAACAAACCUUGGACAACUCAUAUUUAUUCUAAAAAAAAAAACACCCCCCACCCCAACAUAGUCAUCCUUGAACAUAUUUCUUAUACACCCCCAACACAGUCAUCCCUGAACAGACCAUCUAGAACACCCCCCCACACUCCUUCUCAUUUAACUAUAGAACGUUUACAGAAAUUGGAGCCUUGCAACACCACGGUUCAGCCGUAUAGGAACGACUCCACUCUACCAUUGAAGACAAAGAGAGGAAAUGUCAGCAGUGAAAGUGUUGGAGGGAGUGUGAAAGUGACGGAGAGAGGGGGGAGAGUGAGCGAAGCGGUCCUUCUAUAACAGGAGACAAAAGAAGGGUAUAGAAAAAUGGGGGAAAGAAUACGUUUCCCCUGGUCUUAACAGGUUUCAUGUUUCGCAGAGGACCAGUGAGUUGGUCUCUGAUCUGUCUGCUGUGGAUACCGCAAUGUUGUUAACUCAACCCCAGUCACCUUUCACACCCACACAGUCGACUUCCUGGAGAUAGCUGCGCUUCUCAUGUCCAUUUCAUAUCUUGUCUAGCACAUCCAGUCUCAUGCACUUGGAUGGCAGAAGUUCCUUGAAUGUACUGGUGUGUGGUCUGGGUUUACACAGGAGCUUGUGUCUCACAAUCUGUCAUGGCCAUAAUGAGUCUUUAUAUAUUCUUAUCAUAACUGUAUAUUUUCAACAUUUGUCUGUUUUCAUAAAUGUAUAGAAAUAUAUUGUAGAUAUACAAUACAACGCGUUGCACAGGGGAGAGUCUGUCUCCAUUCUGUGUGUUUUAAUGAAGGGUGUCAUGUAUGAAGGAUGAGUUUCUUGGGGAGUGAAAAAGAGAGAGACAGAAACAGACAGAGAGGGAGACAGAGAGACAGAGGGAGAAUAAUAGACAUCUUAAUCGAUGUGUCUACAUGUGUGUUGUCAUGGUUACAGAGACGAGAUGAGGGCUUGAGGCUGGGCCAGUGAGACCCUUCUCUCAUGGGGGAGGACAGUAUCGCAGGGGGGGCAUAGGGACCCCACUAUAGGUGCCCGUGGUGAUGCCUGCAAAAUGACGAUCUAGGAUCUGAGUGGCAGGCAGGGGUCCUCUCUCCAGGCCACGGCGGAUCCUCAGCUCCUCUCUGAACCAGGAAGUAGCUUCUGUCCCAGAACCAGGAAGUAGCUUCUGUCCCAGAACCAGGAAGUAGCUUCUGUCCCAGAACCAGGAAGUAGCUUCAGACACACCCUAACCCCAACCCCAGAGAACCCCAGGAUGGCUCAGCCUGUUGAGAGAUAUGUCGAAGGACGAUACGUCUGAGCAUAUAUUAAUUAAAUUUUUCCCUGAUUUGGCUUUGAAGACUCGUAUUACAAUAGAGAGGAUGUCCAAGUCAUUAUUUGUACCUUGUGCUUCAAACAACUUUUAUAAGUCAAUUCUUAAUUAUUUUGUGAUGCUCUUGAUGAAAAUGACGAGAAGGAUGAAGAUGAAAAUGAUGUAAUGUUGAAAACUGGUAGAGGUUAGGCUAAAGUGGUUCUAGUCCUGCCUACUUCUUGUCCAUGGUUCCCAGCUCUACUCAUGGAGAACCGAUGGGAGAACAGAUGUGUGUGGAGGUUAUUGUUCCAUGUCAGCACCGUUUCCUGAUAGCCCAUCUCAGUAUGCAGCACCAGCUUUACAACAUCAUGGCAACAUUUCUCCAACGAAGAUUUUCAUGCUGUAAAUCUUUCAGGAAACUCAUCUGGUUGUCAUUGGUUGUUCUUGCUGAGUGUGGUGUUAUUGCUGGGCAGGAUCUAAAGCUAUGAGACCUUGGCUCAACAAUAGCGCCAUCUGCUUGGGUGUAGAAGUAAUACAGACAGAUAUAUUUAUGUAUAUUUAUAUAUAAUAUAAACAUGUAAGCUUAGAUUUUUCAAAGCAAAAUGAAAAUGAUUUCCAUUGAAUCAAAUAUUUUAAUAAGUGGUCUUUUUUUCUUGGCCUUGCAAAAAUCGGUUUACUUACAAUAUAUUUGUAACUGUUGCAGAUGCAGAUGCAGAUACAUGUAAAUAAAUGUCAGGUAUAUUUCUGA